AUGGACGAUUCACAGGUGGAAAGUGCCCAGGUUAGUAGUCAGGACCACGGGUGCCGCGGUCGGAUUCCCAAUGCGUGUACAGCCUGUCGGACUCACAAGAUCAAAUGCGGCGGUAGUCAGCCCUGUUCCUCCUGUGCUAAGCACGGACGCGAAUGUCUCUACGCGGUACUCAAGCCACGAGGUCGCAGGAAGAAGCUACAUCGUGAGGUCUCUUCCCCGAGCGGCGUCAGUACCCCGGCGAAGCGUCCAACACGGACACUCCAGGCCGCUGGAGAACUGUCCGACUCGAGCGCAAAUGCUCACCGGAGACCGGGUCCGUUGGCUACCAAGAGACAACAGAGGCUCCGGUGCGGCGUAGGCGUCGCCCAGUCCGGCACCGGCGGUUAUCAGUUCUACGGCCCAGCCUCCAAUUUUGCUUUUCUGCAAUGCAUUUACCAGCGUAUACACCGCAAUGCACCGAACCACCAAGACCGUCCUGGUGCCAUGUGCGUCUGGGGCUUCGACAAGUUCGCCUUCCCCGCUGCUGGGACAGCGGCCCAGGACCACAGAAGGGCUCCCGUAUGCGUCCCCAAGGAGAUGGGCGACUGCUUCAUCAAGACCUAUUUCCAAGUCGCCCAUCCGCAGUAUCCAUUCCUACUGCGGUCCGAGAUCCAACAAGCUUGGGCUUCCUUCUGGAAUCCGCCACGGGAGGGUCACCAAGACAGCGUCGGGAAAACGGCCAGGAACAUUGUGUUAAUGGUGCUCGCGAUUGGCGCUCACAUGUCGAGUCUCCACAAAGACAAGGACGCCGCUACCAUGAGUGACUGGGCCGCAUAUCUUGCAUCAUGCGCCCGGCUAGACGACUUGUCCUUUGGCGAUGUGUCACUCCAGAACGUGCACCUGCUUCUCCUCAAGUCGAUCUUCGCCAUGCAGCUGAUGCGACCCAACGAUUGUUAUCUCUACGUAGGACACGCUGCCGUUAAUGCUCUCGCGCUCGGCAUGGGCCGCGCCCAAGUUGCCAAUGGGAAUCGAACGGGCAUGUAUCGCCUGCGUGUCACGUUCUACACGCUAUAUGCGGUGGAACGACUCGUGGCUCUGUUUUACGGCCGGCCCUCUUGUCUCCGCGAUGAUUCUAUCGAUGCCACGCUGCCCGAGGACCUUCCAGAGAAUCACGGAGGCGAUACGAUCUGCGACAUGAGCUAUGUGCGGGCCAAGGCGCAGCUGGCACGCAUCGCCGACCGCAUCAACACCAACCUGUACUUCUGCACCCCCGUCGCCGCCGACCUAACGACCAUUGUCCGUAUCGUGCGCGAGUGCGAUGCUGAGAUGGACAUCAUCCUCCAGUCGUUACCGCCUUUCCUGCACUUUUUCGACACCCACAUGGCGCCCAGUACCGAGUCGUGGCAAGAGGUUCAGCGCACGCAUCUGGGACUUGCAUACUAUCAUAUUCGUACCCUUAUGCACCGGCCUUCUCUUGUUUGGCUAUCCAUGUGCGCCUCCAAGGCCGAGGCCUUGUCUGAAGCCCGAGCCAUGGGCGUGCAGGAUCUCCAGGAGUCUAUCGACGUGGCCAUGGACGCGGCCAAGGCUCUUAUCGCCCUGGCCCUGGACGCCUGCGCCACGCGCGCCCCCGAGAUGCGACAGGACUCGGGGGUCGCGUACAACAUCAUCGCCGCUUGUCUGACCCUGCUGUACGACGUGCUGGAAGGCCCCAGCAGGACGGCCGCCGGGAAUGCGGCGAGCACGUUCGAGGCGGUGCAGGAUGGCAUCAACUGCCUGGACUAUAUGAAGCAUCAUGGACCGCAUUUUGGCAAGGUGACAUUGAGCUCUCGCAUUGUUGGCGUUGCCAAAGAUGCGUUCCGGCAUAUAUUUGACAGCGAGGCGUCCAACAACAAUGCAGGCGGUGACAACGAAGCUUCUGCCUCCGCCCCUGUUACGGAUUCGACAUCGUCGCAGCGGCUAGUACAAAAUUAUACAGAAAAGACUAGUCAUAUAAGUGAUCUCGACUCCCUCCUUGGCCAGUUUCCUUGGCUUGCGUAA